CGUGCGCAUGGAGUCCAGCGCCUGACUGCUUCCUCAACGUUUUGAUGUCAGAAGAGGAGAGCGCCAAAACAAUGGAGCCCCAGAGGAAGCGCUGGAAAGGCUCCGAGUGUGGCUCUGACUCCUGGACAGUUUACCCUGUGCUGUCAGAUGAGCAGUCGAAAGACCUGGAGCUAGUGGAGGCGUUUGCUGCACCUGUGCUCAACAAGAAGGAGACCUCUCGACUUCUCCGCGAGCUGAGUAGCCUGUACCCGAUGAGCGGCCUUCAGCACAUCAAGAGGGUGCGGGCGGUGAAGGGCAGCCCCCACCCUCUGGAGGUCCUCCUGUGUCUUGUCAGGGACGCACCACACAUGGAGGUUCUGAGCAUCGACUCUCUGCUCCCCUCAGGAGUGAAACAUGACGCCUUAGGUGAGCCUUUUCGGGUUAAGAUCCCUGCACGUCCCCCCUUGACCCGCCCCCAGUUUGAGCAGGCGGGCAAACACUGGCCCACCUCCUUCCAUGAGGACAAACAGGUGACGGUGGCCCUGAGGGGGGAGCUGUUCACUGCACCUCAGAAGGCCAGUAUGCACACGCACAUGAUGUCUGCUCUGACUGCGGCCAAAGCAGGAAGUGAGUUGGGGAUGGACGCGGUGGGAGCCGUGGUGGUGGGGUCAUCAACAGAGAAGGUCAUUGCAGUGGGCCAUGACUGCAGAGGAGACCACCCCCUCCAUCAUGCAGUCAUGGUCUGCAUUGAUCUCGUGGCACGUAGCCAGGCCGGCGGGAGUUAUUAUUUUGACCAAUACCCCGCUUGUACAUUUACUCCCCCAGCCUCUGACACCUUUCAAAGUAUUCCCAGCUCUCUGCCAUACAUCUGCACUGGGUACGACCUCUACGUGACCCGAGAACCUUGUAUCAUGUGUGCCAUGGCGCUCGUCCACUCCAGGAUAGGGCGGGUCUUCUACGGGACAGCCUCUGCCGACGGGGCCUUAGGGAGCAAAUAUAAAAUCCACACGCAGAAAGAUCUGAACCAUCACUUUGAGGUUUACAGAGGAGUGCUGGGAGAGCAGUGUGAGGAUCUGACAUCCAAAGAGGAGGUUUACAGGAAGGUGGAUUAUUAACGGAUCAGUUUAAGUUUUUUAAUUAAAUCUGAUGCAAAAUGGUAAAUGUCUAUCUGUGAUUUUUGUAAAGUUUGAUGUAUCAGGAUUUGAAGAGGCUCUUUUUCUUCCCUUGUUUGCAGUGCAAUUGGCUCAAGUGUGUGUACAUUUUACCUUUUUCUCUGUGGAAUCUGACAGAAUCCAGCAUCUUUCCAAGCGUGUCAAAAAUAAUUCAGAUGUUGUAUACAAAGCUUUCUCAUGUUAAUCCUGCGGAAUGUAUAUAAAAAAGGCUUUUUUUUAUAAACCCAGGUCUACCAGUCUUACUUCUCAGGUCAAAAAUGAAGCCUUCUACUUACCUUCAAGUUUAUUAUCAGAACAGCUCGCAUCAAAUUUGUGAAUACUUUAUUCUUUUUUAAAGAAAACCAUGUGUAGAAUGCACUGAUAGUCUCAGAAAAGU